CUCAUCACCCUCACCAACAGAGAAGAGCAGCAUGUCCCACGGAAAGCAGUUCACACUGUUCACUCACUGCCAUGGUCCGAAUGGAUGGAAAGUGGUGUUCGUCCUGGAGGAGCUCGGCCUCACGUACCAUCCUAUUUACUUGGAGUAUUGGACCGAGAUCAAGGGUCCUGAACACACGAAGUACAACCCGAAUGGCCGCAUUCCAACCUUGAUAGAUCAUGCGAACGGCGAUCUUGUCGUUUGGGAAUCGAACGCCAUAUUGACCUACCUGGUCGAGAAGUACGAUCCAGAGCAUAAAAUUUCCGCUAUCGAGGAGAACGACCGCUUCCACCAGCUGCAAUGGCUUUUCUUCCAAGCUUCCGGCCAAGGGCCGUACUUUGGCCAGGCGAACUGGUUCUGGAAGUAUCAUAGCGAGCAAGUCCCAAGUGCGACUGAGAGGUACAGGAAGGAGACCAUGCGCAUCUUUGGCGUGCUCGAGUCUGUGUUGUCAAAGCAGGACUGGUUGGUCGGCGAUAAGUGCACGAUUGCUGACCUUUCGUUCAUCCCAUGGAACAUGCCCGUGCUCGAUGAAGAAGGGUUCAUGGCCGACUAUGAGGAGUUCAAGGCCGACGAUUUCCCUUCGGUGAAGAAGUGGCACUAUACUACGCUAGUGUUGGAAUCUGGGCGCGGAGCACAGAUGUGAGAGGCCCCGGUGCGACCUGCGCCACCGGCGUGGGAGAGUAGUAGCGCGCGUGUAUAUAAUAGGGCGCGGCUACAAUGGGACGGGCCAUCGGUUUGGCCCCGUGGAGCCAUCU